GAAACUCAGUCAGUUAGCCCUAGCACGCUGCACGCUCCCUCUCGCCUCUCUCUCCAAUCUCCAUCGACAUUCAUCUCCACGCUGAAGGAGAGAGUUCAGGCGACGCUAGCUUCAGGCCACCACGCUCCCGCACACCACGACAACGACGCUACUCCAAGCGACACUGAAAUCCCUCGCAUACUACCACCUGCCACUCAUUCUAAGAUUUGGGAGUUAAUAUUAUUGAGAAAUUUCAAUUAGAGUUGUAAAAGAUGCUAUAUAUUAUAGGAUUGGGGUUGGGAAAUGAGAAAGACAUAACAUUGAGAGGUUUAGAAGCAAUCGAGAAAUGUGAUAAAGUCUACAUUGAAGCUUACACUUCUCUCCUUUCGUUUGGGAUUUCUUCUGAUGGCCUUUCUAACCUGGAAAAACUAUAUGGAAAACCAUUGAUAGUGGCAGAUAGAGAAAUGGUGGAGGAAAAAGCGGAUUUGAUAUUGUUGCAAGCUCGUGAUUCUGAUGUUGCUUUCCUGGUUGUCGGAGAUCCAUUUGGAGCAACCACACAUACGGAUCUUGUCGUUCGGGCAAAGCAAAUUGGAGUUGAUGUCGAGGUGGUACACAAUGCAUCAGUGAUGAAUGCAGUUGGAGUCUGUGGAUUACAGUUGUAUCGUUAUGGAGAGACGGUUUCAAUUCCAUUUUUCACCGAAACAUGGAGACCUGACAGCUUUUAUGAUAAAAUAAAAAGCAAUCGGGACCUUGGUCUACAUACUCUCUGUUUGUUAGAUAUAAAAGUGAAGGAACCCACGCUGGAGUCCCUCUGCAGGGGUAAAAAGGUAUAUGAACCACCAAGGUUCAUGUCCGUUGGAACAGCAAUUGAGCAACUCCUUGAGGUUGAGCUGAAGCGUGGUGAAUCAGCUUACAAUGAAGACACCACUUGUGUGGGUUUGGCUCGGUUGGGAAGUGAGGAUCAAAUUGUUGCAGCAGGUUCAAUGGGGCAAUUGCGUAGUGUUGAUUUUGGAGCUCCACUUCAUUGCCUUGUUAUUGUUGGCGAAACUCAUCCAGUGGAGGAAGAAAUGUUGGGGUUUUACACCAUUAAAGAGUAAAAGGCAGGUCUUCAAUGGGGAUCUGAUGAAAUUUUCCCCUCUAAGUUUUGUCAUACCAAAUAGUCUCCCAGUUGCACUGGUGGUUGCUGAUGACGCUUUAGGGCACAGUCCAGCUGUGCUCACGGUAGGACUGGAUCUAUUUAUUCUAUCGGUGAAAGGUUGAGAGUAGCACUUAGCCAUAAUUUUAUUGGACUGGGUAUGGUGUUGCUAGUUAAUUGUACAAACUACAAACUUAGUGCCAAUCAAGUUUUUAUUGUAGUUGUCGGCACAUUUUCCCUUUUUAGGCAACUAUCAACUUGACAACAUCGAAAAACUUUACGAUUUUGGGUAUGAAGUUGGAGGGGUAAACAGUUUUAAUUUUAAAUCUUCUGGAGUGCAUUAGUUUUAAUUUUUUUGAUGCACCAUGUGCGUUGUACAUGUAAGGUUAUUUGUGGUGCAUUUGCUUAUCUGGAACUAUCCAUAUGGUGUAAAUUGUACACAUUUGGAGUGGGCAAAUGAGCAAAAAAUAGUUUUGUUGUACUAUUAUACGGUAUACUUGAU